AUCGAAAUCCAAAGCUGCGACCUCAAUGUCGCUACAAUGGAUGGCUUCGAGAAACCGCAGUCCUACACUAAUUGGACAACAACUCAGGUCAUAUCUUGGCUCUCUGGUCUGGAUGAUGCUCUAGAACCGUAUCUGUCAUCCUUUAGUUCGAAAAAUAUAAGUGGCAAAUGGUUAAGUUCACUAACAGCUGAUGUUUUGGGGAAGUAUGGAGUUCAAAAGAUUGGCCAUCAAAUGAUUAUCAUGGAGAAGGUCAGACAACUUCAAUACCAAUUUUCAUCAUUUGAUAAUGAAACAUUACAAUCAAUUUUAUUACGUGUCUCACGUUCCUGUGUUUGCAUCGUCAGUGCCAUAAACUCUCUCAUGGCUAUAACUAAAAGACAAGAUGCGGACAGUCCUUAUCCAGGGAUACUUUCAGAUAUUCAAGGAGCUGUAUCUUACGUCCUUAACUGUAUACUGAACUUGAUGUCUACAAUAGGUAAUGCUGCAUCUUGGCUAGAACGACCUCCUUUUUCUCUUCUACCUGACAUGAUGGUUUUCCGACAGUUCCUUGUUGAAAACGCCAUAAUCACUAACAGAUUGGCUCAACAGGCCAUUACCACUCAAUGUAAUGAACAUUUUAAGGAAAUAAUAGACUAUAUUGAACCUAUGAGGAGUCGUGUGGAAGAUGUGCUUCAGAACUGCGGAGACUCUAUUCUUUUGACACCCUGUGGCUUGGAAGUUGUACAAAUACGGAAACUAGACUCAGCUGAUUUUGGUUUUAACUUCCGAUCCACAAUCAACAAUGUCCAUGUAAUAGUCUCUGUUCAGGAUGAGUCUCCAGCGUUCUGUACGGGAAAAGUUAAUAAAGGCGACGAAGUAAUUGAGGUCAAUGAACAAAUAGUUAUUGGUUGGCUUCACUAUCGCGUUGCUGAUUUAAUGAGGCAUUCUUCACAGCAUAUCAGUCUGCGCCUACGGAAACGACCCACACAUUCCAAUGAUUUUAUUGGCUUUCCUGGAGCUGGUCGGCGUCAUCGUUUGAUGGUCAAUCAGAUACCACCUGCUGGGAGUUUGUCUCAAACACGAGGAGCAUAUAUAUUUGCACGCAACCCGAAGCGUCGGUUGCCGCUUACUGGCCCACUUUCUACUGAACCCCUUGCUGUUACUCAGGAAAUUACUUCUGACCAGACAUCUGUUUCUUCACCUACAUCAACCUCUCCUCCAGAGUCUCAGUCUAUAGUUAGUGCAUCUGGAUUGUUUUCUUCUUCACCAACUUCAUCUUUAUCCGUGCAUCGAGGUGCGUCUAUAAAAAUAAUGAGUGGUGAUUCUUGUAAUUUGGAUAAUUCUGUUCAGAUAUCAUCCAGACAGAAUUGUAGCAAUGAAUCAGUAAUGUACAAUAACUCAAGACUUAUCGCUAGUACACCAAAUACUCCGCUAAUGGCUUUGAGAUCAAUGGAUUCUACAGGUUCUCAUUCUUCAUUGUCAUUUUCACCACAUCUUCCACCUGCAUAUCCUGGUGUUAUGAAUUUAGAAAAUGGAUUGGCUGAUUCAAAUGUAAUCUCAUCUGAUGUAACCUAUCCAAAGAAAUAUAAGUCUGCCAGUGCUUCUUCACAUAUUCGGUCAACUUCAUGUUCAUCGAAUAAAUCUGUACUACCCCGGUUUUCCUUGACACAUCGACGUACUGCUUCAGGUGAUCCAAAACUUUUAAGCAAUAUGUCUAGUCGUAAUAGUGAAGAUAUUCCAUCUCAGAACAAGCAAAGUCCAUCAUCUUCUCCUCGUCACUACAACAGCUCAUCUCCGAAAUUUAGUGCUUUAGAUAAACGACAUAGAAAUCUCCAUCGUGCCAGUCUUGAUGAUUUUGUGUUUUUCUUGAAACAUGGACUGGGAACAAAGAAGCCAACUCGACGAAUUUCUUGCAAAGAUCUUGGACAAGGAGAUUGUCAAGGUUGGCUGUGGUUAAAGAAAACAAAUACACUGACUAGUAAAUACGUGAAAAGAUGGUGUGUUUACAAAAAUUCAACAUUCUACUACUAUAGAAAUCCUAAUGAUGAUUCAGCUGAAGGUUUAAUUCUACUUCAUGGCUUUACCAUCACUCCUGCAGUCUCAGUAAAAUCUGGAAAAUUUGCAUUUUUCAUUUUUAAUGACUGGGUUCGCUUUGUAUUUGCCUCGGACUCUGAACUCGAUCGAUCCAAGUGGAUGAAUAAGUUGGGCUUAGCUUCAAUCGGAUUGUCAUCCUGCGUGCCAACUUCUCGUAUCGGUGGUUUCAAUCCUGGCUACUUGGUUUCUCAUGGCACUAAAAAUAGUGAAGUAAAAUCAGAGGUUUCUGCUCUUCAAUCAGCUAUAUUGGAUUCCCCUGUAUUGACUGUGCAAGGGACUAAUAUAACUGGAUCCAGAUCUCAGCCUUCAUCUGGUUCUAGGAAGACGAGUUCUGUAGAGAUCACUGCAGUAACAACAGUUCCUCAGCCUCUUAUUUCUCUGGUAAAUUCUCAGCGGGCAUUAUCUCCUUCAAAACACGAACCAAUACAUUCGAACUCAUCUCCAUCGUUUUCUGUUUCGGAUUUACGUUCUAGUUCAUUACCAUCUGAAGCAAAUGCUAUUUACCCCAUGGUUUUCCCUCGGAAUAGUGCUCUUCCACCCUCAGUUGGACAGUCGUCAUCUCCUGCACGUACUAGAAGUGGACAACGUCAACCUAUUGACAUAACUUCAGCCGCAUUUGGAUGUUAUAGUGAAAGCGAAGAUGAGGCAGAGGAAGAAAUUGAAGCUGAAUGCGAUGUUGAUGACAGUAUUGAUUACAGCUGUCUUCCCGAGGAUAGUUCGCGCCUGAACCUUCGAAAUCGACCAGGCUCUGCAUCCCCUUUGCAAGGUCGCAGGCUAUCUAUCAUUUCGUCUGGGACAGAAAAGGCUGGAAGUCUGAAGUCAUAUAAAAAACUAAGUUCAUGUGAAGGUGAACCACGUGGUGUUUCUGCUGUGCAUACUUCAACACACUCAUCACAUCCAUUAAGAGCUGCACACAUUAUUAUGAAAAACCUGUCUAAUUCAGAAAAAAUUCUGACAAUCGAAAGACACAUUGGUGUAAGACACAACGAAUCAGUUCCAGAAUUCAGCAGUAGAGUUUUUGAUGGUGAAGAUCUUGAACAUUGAUUCGAUUUUCUUUGAUUAAUUUCUUUUUGUCUGACAUAAUAUACUUUCAUUGUUUUCAUCAGGCCUAACAUAUUCACUUACCCUGUGAUGUUUUCUUUAUUUCUACUUGGAUUUUAUUUAUUUUCAAAUAAUAUAAUAUCAGUUAUAAUAUCUUAAUUCAUUUGAAUACAAAAUAACCGUCUUAAGGUAUCGUGCUCAAUAAGUAUGCCAUAUUUCCAAGUAUUGAUUUUGUAGGGAUUUUGUUUGAUUGCAUGGAGGAUUUCAUCACGAGCUGACAUCAGUUAGAGAACCAGUGGAAAACCUGGGAGCACUGGCGGCUGUUUCAUCCCAGUUUGGGACUCUUCAACAGUGUGCCGCCACCGCGGUUCGACCCCAGGACCUGGCUACAAGGCGAGCUCGUAGACCAUUGAGCCACUGGGAUCUGAUCCUAUGGUCCUUGAAUUAUAACUUCUGCCAAUUACGACAUAGCGCCACCAUUUCGCAAUGUCUUCUCCGAUGAGCUACUGCCUCAUCUUCAACCUGCUGUACCCUACUGGUCACGGCUUCCCAGUAUGCCAUAGUGACAAACAUCAGGAGUGCAUUUGUAAUUGAAAGGUAUCCAUGUAUUCUAUCGUACAACUGUUACUGAUUCCAACUACUAGACUAUAUCCCAAAGCAGAGUUGUAUGUAUCCUAUUUGGUUGAACAUAACCAUUAGAGUAAGAAAAGACCGUGAC